CUGACUAUUUCAGAGAAGGAAACAAUGAUUCCGAGGAUAGUGGGCUGCGAUUUGCUACUUGUCAGUCGUUAUGGAAACAGAUCAAAUCCGAAACGGAGCAAAUACAAGAAGAAUUGAAUAAACAGUUAUUUGAUAACCUAGUAAGUUUUCUAAGACGGUCUCAUUCCGAGUUCCAAGAGAAGACAACAGAAUGGACUUGUCGGAUGAAGUCCAGAGAAAUCCCUACUGCAGCUCUUGUUUUAGGUGUAAAUGUUACAGAUCAUGACUUGACAUUUAAAAGCCUCUCGGAAGUCCUUCAGAAUAACAUUACUCCUUAUGUAGCCUUGCUGCAAGCCAAAGAUUGCCCAGGCAUAAAAAAUCUGAUGCAGAAGUUGAUGGGGCAGCUGAUGAACUGUUAUAUAGACGUGGACUCAUCGGAUGAGGAGGACUAUAUUCAGGUUUCCCAGAACAGAAUACGUUGUUCGAUGGCUUCUCUUAUCAGCUGGUAUGAGAAUAUAACAAAGAAAACAGAUUCUGAAACUCCAAGCAAAAAAAGAACUUCUUCCAGACACUUGCGAUCUCCUCCAGUUGUGGUUGUCUUCAAAGAUAUGGAAAGUUUCACCACUAAAGUACUCCAAGACUUCAUAGUCAUCAGCAGUCAGCAUAUCCGUGAAUUACCUCUAGUACUGAUUUUUGGAAUUGCUACAUCUCCAAUGAUCAUCCACAGCUUACUUCCUCACUCUGUUUCUUCUCUGCUGUGCAUAGAGCUUUUCCAGUCCCUUUCCUGUAAGGAGCACCUCUCUACUAUAAUUGACAAGCUGCUUCUAACAACUCAGUUCCCCUUUAAACUAAGUGAGAAAGUUCUGCAGGUUCUCAUCAACAUAUUCUUGUACCAUGAUUUCUCUGUCCAGAAUUUCAUCAAAGGAUUUCAGCUCUGUAUUGUGGAACAUUUCUAUUCUCAACCCCUUAGUGUGUUGUGUUGUCAACUGGUAGAAGCUAAGAAGAGAGUAAAUUCUUUAUCACAUAGUCAGUGUGAAAACGUUCGAAGGCUGCCCUCCUUUAGAAGGUAUGUGGAAAAUCAGGUAUCAGAAAAACAGAUUGCACUGCUGACAGCAGAUAACUUCUUAAAGGAAGUAAUACAGAAGUUACUGGAGGACUUGCACGUUUACCAUGAAAAUUAUGUUCCCGUUCUGAGAUGCCUUCAUGUUUUCACAUCUUCUCUUCCAAAGUACCCUUUGGGCAAACAGAUCAGGGAGCUGCACUGUGCAUGUUUGGAAAACAGAGUGUGGGAGACAGAAGAGUAUGAGUCAUCUCUUCAGCUAGCAAGAAUGUUGAAUAAGUCUGACUUGGUAACCGUGCUUGAAAAGUGUGUGGAGAUUUUUGUGUCAUCUUCUGGGAAAGAGUUUGAUAAGGCGGUAGAGAAAUUGAAGGAGUUCUUGGCCGAGUUUCAGAAACUGGAAGCAGGAGCUUGCCAAGAACGAGACGAAUCUGUAUCGUCACAAAAGGAGCUCCAGAAGAAGACAGACCUUUAUCACCUUCAGAAGACCUUGUUGGAGUUGAAGGAAUCAAGGCGGUCUAAGAAACUGACAAAGUUUGAAAUGCUUCGUUUUGAAGUUGUUGACUUUAUAGACAAUCUUGUAAGAAAUUACCUUACACCUUCAGACCACAAGACUCUGCAUGAGAUAAUGUAUUUCAACACAGCCAGUGCUCUGCGUGAGCACUUGAAUGCUGCCCCAAGGAUUGCACUUCACACAGCUUUGAAUAACCCAUACUGCUACUUGAAGAAUCAAGCUUUGAAAAGUGACGGAGGAUCCAUUUCUAACAAAGCCCCUGACAUAUGCAUAGCGUAUAAGCUUCAUUUGGAGUGUGGCAGAUUAAUCAAUCUUGUUGAUUGGUUAGAGGCCUUCUCAACUGUGGUGAUGGCAGUUGAGGGACCAAAUGCAGAUGCAGCUGCCUCGGACCAGGUGGAUGACAUUAUCCAUGCUCGUUUUAUUCGAGCUGUUUCAGAACUGGAACUCCUAGGCUUCGUAAAGCCCAGCAAACAGAAAACUGAUCAUGUGGCAAGGUUGACAUGGGGAGGCUGUUAAGUGGCCAAUAAAGGAAGACCACAGAGAUGUUAUGUGUGCACCUCCAAAAUUUUAAUAAAUAGGCUCUUUAUAACACGGUGCAAUGGGUUUGUUCUCACUAAACUAGUUUUUGGUAAUACUGACUUUGACUCAGUAUGCAAAGACGGCUGACUGUUAUAAGAUGUAUUCUGAUUGCCUUGAUGAACUGUUAAAAAAAAAUGCUACCUCUUUUUUUUUUUUUUUGUAAAAUAGCCUCCAUAUAUGAUUUACUGCUCUGUCACUACUCAUGUUUCAAAUAUGCUUGCUCUACCAGUUUUUAAUCUUUGUGUGAUAGUUAAGACUAUAUUGAUAUAAUUCCAGCUACCAAGGCAACAUGAGAACACUGGAUAUGUAAGCUACAGAAAUGAUGAAGCAAUAUUGUUAAUUUGCUCAUAAUCUGAUGGGAUUUGAGUCAUCGUUACAAAAUGCCUUCCGGCUCCUUGAACAUUUAAAAAUAAAUCAACCUACUAUGCUACAAAAAGAGAUGGUAAACUUCCAUGUUCAGCAUCAACAACAUACUUUGCAAAGUAACUAGUGUUUUACCCACAAACCAGUCCUGGUCACAGAACCCUUAAAGGAUUGUUCAUGAGGACAAAGGGACAGUAGUUUUGAAGAUACAUGUUUAUGCCCUUUGCUUUUGCAGUUUUAAAACACUGUUAAAACUGUUCCCUUUUCAUAGUUAACUAGUUAGUACUAGCCAAAUUUGCUGCCAGUGGAAUUUAUGUCAGCAUAGGCUAAAUGAGAACAUGGCACUGGGAGUAACUGCUUUUCUCUUUCAGGACGGGUGUUGUACAGUAGGACAAGGGAAACAGCUACAUGAGAAUAAAGCAGUUGGUGGUUGACAGUGUUAAAACACUGUGUAGCUGACAGCUCUUAUGUGAAAAUUUCUGCUUUUGAUGGACAGAACCUUCUAAGCCAUUUGUGCCCGGUGCAACAAGAACAUGCUGCUCACAGUGUUAGCACCUUCCAGAUGAGUUUCUAUGGAGCAGUGUCUAUACCUGACUGCAGGUUACCAGUUCUGUACUGGUUGUAGGAACAGGACUGGAAUGGCUCGCAGCUGCUUAUGGAUGUUUAGUCAGGUUGUUUAGUCAGGAAGGAGCCAAAGAUCUGCUAUUCCUUGUCAACGGUCAGCCAAAGAUCAUUUCCUGAUACUGCAACGUAAGCCACAAAGGCAAAGUGCUGUGCAAAAGAGCUGGAAAAUCCACAGGCAUCCCUGGAGUACUGGGCUCCCAAGGGAGCACAGGCUGUGUUAAGGAAAGUCUACACCUGAUUACAGCCACGUUCUUCUGCUUCCUGGAUUGUCAAGCGGCUUUUUAAAAAUUUUUAUUUAUUUAACUGACAUUUAAAAGCGACACUGCAGCUUUUACAGACUCGGCUCAGAGAGCAAAUGUGUUUCUGCUGAUGCCCUAUAUCCGUGUUUUCCAACCAUGGAAAAAGCUGUAUUCCCUCCAGAACGACGUAUACAUCUGCCAUACUUUGAUAAACUGCCUUGAGGGCUGCAGGAUGUGUAUUUCAGCAGUAUGGAUGGGUGGGGACUUAAGUCAGUCUUAUCACUUAGUAAAGGGUUACAGUUAGAGAAAAGUAUUCAGACUUUAUGCAUCCUAGCCUACGCAAAGAAAAAAAGCAAAUACUAAUUGCUCCUAGUUAACUCUAGGAAACCAUUCACCUCCAAAAAAAACCUCCCAGCCUGCCUCAGCUGAGUGGAGUAUUACAGACCUUCCUGAGGGAUUUAAAUGCUGUGUUCAGUGUGUUGUGUUCAGCUGUCACUAGAUUCCAGAUGCUUCUGCUUAGUUGCAUUGGCACACCUGCCUGCAACUUUAGACUUGCUCCUCAUAAAACACUAAAAAGCACAGUAGAAAACUGCAGCCUGGAGCUCUGAAUGGUGAAUCAUUUACAUAACAGCAGAUCUGCUGUAAUAGGACAUGGGUAAGUCCCACUACAAAAAAAAACCCUAGAACUUAAUAUUUACAGAGGAACGGAUAUAAGAUAGGUUAGAUUUUUAGAUAUCAUCAGAGAAGAUAAGGACUUUAGUCAUUAUUUUUUGUGAUUGCCCUAGUUGCAGAGAUAGUAGAUGGCAAAGAUA